AUGGAUGACAUACCCGACAACCAAGUAAACACAACGCAUACAUUAAACAAGACUGUCUCAAAUGUUGUCGCUGGUCGAUUUAAAGAUAAAACAGCAAUUGUAACAGGAGCUGGAUCGGGUAUUGGUCGAGCUAUUGUUCUACGACUUGUAGCUGAAGGUGCCUCCGUCUUUGCUAUUGAUAUUAAUGAAACCGGACUUCAAGAAACAGUAAAUUUAUCGUCGAAUCCCGACGGCGUAUCAAUUGCUGUAGUAUCCAUUACAGAUGAACAACAAGUUACCGAGAAAAUCAAUGAAUAUGUUGCUCGUCAAGGACAUCUCGAUGUUCUCAUUAAUAUGGCUGCUAUUCUUCGAUCAUCUCUAUCAAUAGAUACGACAGUUGAAGAAUUCAAAGCUAUUAUCGAUACUAAUUUAAUUGGUACAUUUAUUUUAUGUCGUGUUUGCCUUCCGCAUUUGGUAGUCACCAAAGGCAAUAUUGUUAAUGCAGCUUCAGUAGCAGGUCUACAUGGCCAUGCUUAUAUGGCAGCGUAUUCAGCAAGUAAAGGAGCGGUCAUUGCACUGACAAAAUCUCUUGCAAGAGAAUUCAGUAUUCAAGGAGUACGUGUCAACGCCGUAGCACCAGGUGGUACUCUUACACCAUUGCUUACAUCUCUUCAGUUGCCAGAAGGAAUUAAUCUGUCUUUACUAGACAAUAUACAACAGCCUGGCCAACGACUCGGUCUACCAGAAGAGAUAGCUGCUGUGGUAGCUAUGCUUGCCUCUCAAGAUGGAUCUUUUAUUAAUGGAGAAGUGAUCCGUAUCGAUGGGGGUCUUCAUACUUAA